AUGGCUCAUGGGACCCUAGCCAAUCAUCACUAUAAAAGAAGUAGAACCCCAACUAAAAUUAGUACUUUUCAUCUCACAUGGAACCGAAGGCUCAACAUUUGCAUCGGUGCGGCACGAAGGUUAGACUACCUUCAUAUUGGUACCGAUCAAAGUUUUAUACACCGAGAUUUCAAGACCAUAAACAUUCUAUUGGAGGAGAAUUUGGUAGCCAAGAUUUUAGAUUUUAGGCUGUCCGAAGGCACUACAAGCAAUUCAACAACCCACGUUAGUACGAGAGUCAAAGCUGAUAUUCGAGCAGCCACAAAUGAUUUCAGUGACGAUCGUUUAAUUGGAGAAGGCCAGCUUUGCAAGGUGUACAAUGGGUUUUCGGAUGGGGAAACUGAUAUUGUUGCAAUCAAAAGGUUCAAGAAGUUGAAAUCAUUGCAACACUGGAAAGAAGCUAGGGUUGAGAUUGAGGAGACUUGGGAGACUCGUAUUGAGGUUGGUGUUGAGUUACCUAUGACCGAACCUAGUUCUUACAAUGUCUUCUCUAUUGAUGGACUGAGCCAUCUUCCUUUGGAUAUUGAUGAUGUUCUAACUUUAAAUUCUGAUGUAAUAUGGAGAGGAUCAAUUGAUGCAAUUGUACAAUGCAAUGGAUCGAUAGCAGUAUGUAAUUUCGACUUGGAGAUGGUGAUGGAGUCAGCGGUAAGCCGAAGGUUUAUGGAGACGAAGAAGUACACAUCACCAGGAGCUUUAAAGAGAGAUCAAUCAGUGUGCAAUGGUGGUGGAAGUGGUGAAGCUUACAGUAAGACUAGAGGUUGUCUUCCACCACAAUCUAACCCUUAUGAUAGAGGUUGCUCCCGAUAUUAUCGUUGUAGGGGUGAUUCAUAA